AUGUGUUGUGUGUCCUGUGUUGUCAUGUGCUGUCAUGUUUUGUGUGUCCUCUGUUGUCAUGUUUUGUGUGUCCUCUGUUGUCAUGUGUUGUGUGUUGUGUGUCGUGUUGGUCAUGUAUUGUGUGUCAUGUGUUGUGUGUCACGUGUUGUGUGUCCUGUGUUGUCAUGUGUUGUGUGUCCUGCGUUGUCAUGUGUUGUGUGUCCUGCGUUGUCAUGUGCUGUGUGUCCUGUGUUGUCAUAUGCUGUGCAUCCUGUGUUGUCAUGUGUUGUGUGUCCUGUGUUGUCAUGUGCUGUCACGUUUUGUGUGUCCUCUCUUGUCAUGUGUUGCCUGUCCUGUGUUGUCAUGUGUUGUGUGUCAUGUGUUGUGUGUCCUUGUUGCCAUGUGUUGUGUGUCCUGUGUUGUGUGUCCCUGUUGUCAUGUGUUGUGUGUCCUGUGUUGUGUGUCCUGUGUUGUCAUGUGUGGUUUGUCUUCUGUUGUCAUGUGUUGUCAUGUGUUGUGUGUCCUGUGUUGUCAUGUGCUGUGUGUCAUGUGUUGUGUGUCAUGUGUUGUCAUGUGUUGUGUGUCAGGUGUUGUCAUGUGUUGUGUGUCAGGUGUUGCCUGUCCUGUGUUGUCAUGUGUUGUGUGUCAUGUGUUGUGUGUCCUUGUUGCCAUGUGUUGUGUGUCCUGUGUUGUGUGUCCCUGUUGUCAUGUGUUGUGUGUCCUGUGUUGUGUGUCCUGUGUUGUCAUGUGUGGUUUGUCUUCUGUUGUCAUGUGUUGUCAUGUGUUGUGUGUCCUGUGUUGUCAUGUGUUGUGGGUCAUGUGUUGUGUGUCCUCUGUUGUCAUGUGUUGUGGGUCAUGUGUUGUGUGUCGUCUGUUGUCAUGUGUUGUCAUGUGUUGUGUGUCAUGUGUUGUGUGUCCUCUGUUGUCAUGUGUUGUCAUGUGUUGUGUGUCCUGUGUUGUCAUAUGUUGUGUGUCCUGUGUGGUCAUGUGUUGUGCGUCCUGUGUUGUGUGUCCUGUGUUGUCAUUUGUUGUGUGUCAUGUGUUGCGUGGCCUUUGUUGUCAUGUGUUGUGUGUCAUGUGUUGUCAUGUGUUGUGUGUCAUGUGUUGUGUGUCCCUGUGCCAUGUGUUGUGUGUCAUGUGUUGUGUGUCCUGUGUUGUCAUGUGUUGUGUGUCCUGUGUUGUCAUGUGUUGUGUGUCCUGUGUUGUCAUGUGUUGUGUGUCCUGUGUGGUCAUGUGUUGUGUGUCCUGUGUGGUCAUGUGUUGUGUGUCCUGUGUGGUCAUGUGUUGUGUGUCCUGUGUUGUGUGUCAUGUGUUGUCAUUUGUUGUGUGUCAUGUGUUGCGUGUCCCUGUGCCAUGUGUUGUGUGUCAUGUGUUGUGUGUCCUGUGUUGUCAUGUGUUGUGUGUCCUGUGUUGUCAUGUGUUGUGUGUCAUGUGUUGUGUGUCCCUUUGCCAUGUGUUGUGUGUCCUGUGUUGUCAUGUGUUGUGUGUCCUGUGUUGUAA